AUGGGACGUUACACCACAGAAGAAAGAGACGAAGCAGUGCCAAAAAUAUUCACCUCUCUUUCAUUUCUGUAAAGAUCCUGUGCGUUUGCGUACGUGUGCAUUCAGUGGUACGGCGUGCACUUAUCGAAUCUAGUGACCGCAGACCGCGGAUGUGACAAACGGAUUUCGCCGUCCUUUUUCCUGGUGAUUAAAUUUACUCAACAAAAAUUACAAAAGUUGUGACACCACCAUUGCUGGAAAAAAAUGUCCCAAAAAAUGAAGAAACCCACCGCAAAAUCGUCCACCGUCUCCACCACCCAACUCCCGAGCGGUGCCCAAUCCGUGUCCUCGUCCGCCUCGACCGUGUCCAGCGCGUCGGAAUCAACGGAAACGGCGCUCAGUCCAUCGCGCCGUAGCCGGCUGCACGAGAAGAACAGUUUGAUGAACCUAAACGAUCGGCUCGCUUGCUACAUCGAGCGGGUACGCUAUCUGGAGCAGGAAAACUCGCGUCUCUCACUCGAGCUGACCACCUUCCAGGAGACGGCAUCGCGCGAAGUGUCCGGCCUGAAAGCGAUCUACGAGCACGAGCUAGCCGACGCCCGCAAGCUGCUCGAUGAAACGGCACGCGAGAAGGCAAAGGUCGAAAUCGAUGCCAAACGCUACUGGGAGGAGAAUGAGCAGCUGCGAACGAAGGUGAACCGCCGCACGAAGGAGCUUAGCGAGCUGGAAAAGGAAGCACGCGCAAAUGAAUCGCGCUGUAUCGAGCUGACCGCCAACUACAAUACGAUCUGCUCCGAGCGUAAGAAGCUGCAGGAUGAGCUGCGGGAGGCGGAAAAGGAAGCGGACAAGCUGCGCCGCCAGUUCGACACGAUGCGGAAGGACUUCGAGCACGAAACGUUGAUCCGUGUCGAUCUGGAAAACAACAUCCAAAGCUUGCGCGAGGAGCUGACGUUCAAGGAGCAGGUUCACAGUCAGGAGCUGAGCGAGAGCAAGCUACGCCGGCAGAGCGAGAUCAGCGAAAUCGAUGGAUUCCUGAUGGAGCAGUACGAGACGAAGCUGCAACAAACGCUGCAAGAGUUGCGCGAUCAGUACGAGCAGCAGUUGCGCCUGAACCGUGAAGAAUUGGCCGAUCUGUUUGAGGGCCGCAUACAGGCACUGGAGAAUCGGCUCACGCACGAACGCUCCCGGCACGACGAGGAGAAGGCAAAGCUGGAGCUCGAGCUCGAUCGCAUGCGGAACGAGAUGGCGGUACAGCUGAAAGACUAUCAGGACCUGAUGGACAUCAAGAUCUCGCUCGAUAUGGAAAUAGCCGCGUACGAUAAGCUGCUCUCGUCGGAAGAAACGCGCCUCAACAUGACGUCCAACGUGACGUCCAGCAGCAGCUCGGCGGUCGGUUCCGCUGCAUUCACGUCCAGCUCGCGCCUAUUUCGCACACCGUCGCUGAAACGCAAACGCAACAAUCUGGAUGAAUCGAUCGACUAUUCCGUGGUAGCUUCCGCCAAGGGUGAUGUCGAGAUAACGGAGUGUGAUCCCGAGGGACGCUUCGUUCGUAUCGCAAACAAAUCCAAGCAAGAGUACAAACUGGACGGGUGGCAGCUGAUCCGACGUCCCACGGAUGGUGCUGAGGUUACCUAUCGCUUCCCAAAGUCUGCCAAAAUCGAAGGAAACGGUAUGGUGACCGUAUGGGCCACGGUUGCCAAUCGAAAACCGGACCCACCAACCGAUCUGGUAAUGAAGAGCGCCCUCUGGACGGUAACGGAUGCGAUGGCGACCGUCCUGCAGAACGGAGACGGUGAGGAGGUGGCACAGGUCGAACGGCACCGCGUGAUGAAGCCACCGAAGGACAAAUACUUCCACGAGGAGAGUGGCGGACGGUUGGGCGUGUACUCAUCGUCCGCCUCUUCCGGGCUUUCGCGAUCUCCACCGUCGGGCUCGUUGGGCCAAGCUGCGAGCAAACCGGAUGAACAGUGUAGCAUCAUGUGAAGGUCGCUUGUGAGGCGCCCCCUCCAUGCUUUGUAGCUCUUAAGUACCGUCUCUAGCCGUGCACUUUGCCCCUGUCUUUCGUAAAGGUCAUUUUGAAUGUAAAAAUGUAAAUCGCCAAACGACACGGUGCACAUUCGGUUUUGUUUUUGUUCCUAUAAGAAUAAUAAAUUGCAUGAAAUCUGA